UGUUGAUCACAUUGCACUGAUUUUUGCCGACAUGCGGACAAUGAAAAUUUCAUUAUGAAAUUGAUCAAAUCACUUUAUCGCUAAUGUAUUUAUUUUAUCUCAACUAAUACACAUUAUUAGAUCAAAUAUUAGUUAAAGUCAUCUAACGACAAUUAAAUAAUAUAGUUAGCUCCCAACUUCAAGUACAAGUUUGACGUAUUUAUGGCUAAUGUUUCGCCGAGUGUCGGUGUAGUGGGGCUGAUUACCGAUGGUGAUAAAGUGGUGAACGAGGAGGAGGAGUUGUUGAAAAUGGCUGAAACUGAAAGUCUGGUGGGGGUACAAGAGGAUGACACCCCGACGACAGAUAAGCCCCCAGAAGGAGGUGACGGUGUGCCAGAAGAGGAGAAGAACCCAUAUGCCUAUCUCGACAGAGAAGAGUUUUCAUCGGAAAAGUAUAAAAUCGAAGUGAAGGGACUACCAAAGAUUUUCGGGUUUAAGGAAAUCAAGAAACUGCUAAGUAAUAAAUUGAACUUAAAUCCGCACAAGAUAAAAACUGGUAAAUCUGGAGCGAGUUAUAUGUUUGUAAGCUUUAAAACAGAGGAAGACAAGCUAAAGGCGCUGGAGGUGCUAAAUGGGUAUAAAUGGAAGAAUAGAUUUCUAACAGCUGGGGUUGCAAAAGCUGUUGAGGACCCUCUGGUCGCAAAACGCAAAAGAACAUUUGAACAUGUCGAUGAAGGAGUAAGUGGGUUCCGUCAGGAGGAUGCUGAAAGUAUUGAGGACAGGAUACAACGAGUGACAAUUCCAUGGUCCACUGUUCCAUAUGCUGAGCAACUUCAAAGAAAAAUGGCAUCUACUGAUACAAUUGUAUGUUCCAUGACGUCGAAAUUCAUUGAAGCAAACUUCAAGCUACGGGAUAAGUACAAGGAAUCUAAAAGGAUAUGUCCCGUCGACGAAAUUAAACCUUCUCCCGUGACGGAAAAUUACCGUAACAAAUGUGAAUUUUCUAUUGGAUACCAUCCCCAAACUAAUGAGAAGAUGGUGGGAUUUCGAGUCUCUAGCUAUAAAGCAGGGUCCGUGGCCAUUGGUCCCAUCAGCCAUUUAAUCCACCUGCCAAAAAAUAUGGUGAAAGUAGCCUUAGCGUUUCAGGAUUAUAUCAGAGGAUCGAGUCUCAAACCGUUUGAUCCUGAAAAUCAUGAGGGGUGUUGGAAAAAUUUAACCGUGCGGACUUCUACGAAUGGACAAGUCCUGAUAAUACUGUUGAUCAGUGCAAAGGAACUCAAGCCUGAAGAGUUUUUAGAAAUGAAAAAUUCUUUAAUUCAAACAUUUUCCAACAAUGAUCCACAAAUUGCAUCCUGCUUUCUGAAAACUACAGAAACACACGGUCAACAGCAAAAGAACGUACCUACAAAACUGUUUGGCGAUGAUUACAUUACGGAAAAUUUGCUGGGGCUCAAGUUUCGAAUAUCGAGUGAAGCAUUUUUUCAGAUAAACGUUCCAGCGACAGAGGUACUCUACACAACUAUUGGUGGUUUACUCGAGUCAAACCCUGACACAACCGUUCUAGAUGUUUGCUGUGGAACUGGAACUAUCGGACUAUCAAUCGCUUCAAAGUGUGGUCAAGUUUUAGGACUCGAAAUGAUUGAAUCUGCAGUGAAAGAUGCGAGGGAAAAUGCACGCCUAAAUGAAUUGGCUGACAAGUGUCAAUUUUUUGCUGGAAAAGCUGAAGACACAAUUGACGCAGUCAUUGGAAAAGCACAAUUUAAAAAUAUUGUUGCAAUAGUUGACCCCCCUCGAUCAGGUUUACACCAACGGGUGAUUUUACUUUUAAGAAAGUGUGAAAAAAUUAAGCACCUCAUUUAUGUGUCGUGUGAUCCAAAAUUGGCUAUGCAAAAUUUUGUAGACCUAUCCAGGCCAGUUUCUAAAAGGUAUGUGGGUGCUCCUUUUUUUCCAAAACAGAUUAUUCCGGUUGACAUGUUUCCACAUUGCCCUCAAACUGAGCUUGUAAUUUUUUUUGAACGAAAAGAAAUGUCAGAUUUAUAGAUUUCUUGUAAAAAUUAAUUUUAUUUCUAAUGAAGACGAAAAGUGACGUCAUGAGAUUAGACGACUUGUGUAAUAAUGUAAUACUGAGGAGAUCAACGGAUAAUUGUUAAUGUUGAAAAAAUACAUGUCAUGGGAUAAAAUUACACAUAUGAAAGAUAGUACCUAUGUAUGUAAUACACUACUUUGUAUAUGCAUAAUUUCUAUUUCUUGCUCUUGUUGAACUUCAUACAAUAAAACUAGAUAAAAAAUCA